GGAAAAAAUAGGAGUAAAAGUAAUAUAAUCGGUCUUACUCGAUAUCUAAGCAGUCUAAGAGAUGAGCAACAGUGAAGUCUCCUGAAUUCAAAUAUGGAAAAAAAUAAGAAAAAGAGUUCUGUGAAUGGAAAAUACAAGAAAAAUGGUAAAACAGAUAACUAUGACGAUAUUGUUACAACCUGUUGUCUUUGCGUUAAAACUAAAAAGAGUAAAAAGAAAAGUUUGAUUGCAGGAUGUAUAACAAACUUAGGAAUAUUUAUAAUUCUUCUAAUAUAUACAUUAGUAGGGGCAUUUAUAUUUCUAGCCAUUGAAGGCAGUGCUGCAAAAGUGCAUCAGAAGACAUUGGCUACAACAUCUUAUCAUGCAAAUGAAAACAAGAAAUCUCAUCCUAUUCCUAAAGUCAAUAGCAGUAUUUCACAAGUUAGCGCUGAUUUGAGAUCACAAACCGUCGAAAGCAUUUGGGAAAUAACAGUUUCCUUGAAUAUUCUCUAUAAAGAAAAUUGGACGAGACUCGCCGCACAAGAAAUUGCGAGAUUUCAAGAGAAACUAGUUGCAAGAGUUGCUGCUGAUGUAUCUGAACAAUAUGGUGGAGCGAGAGCGUUAGAGUCUGCACCAUCUUUGGCAAUCAACGAUGAUUAUGAGUGGAAUUUCGCAAAAGCGUUUCUUUACUCAUUGACAGUUCUGACUACUAUUGGUUACGGCAGUGUAGCUCCUAAAACUGCUUUAGGUAAAGCUGUUACCAUUGGAUACGCUGUUAUAGGCAUACCAUUAACACUACUCUACUUGUCCGUUGUAGGCGCACUUUUAUCAAGACUUGCUCGGAGUGUCUUUAGUCGAGCAUUAUGCUGUUGUCUUUGUUCGAAAUGUGGCUACUGCUGCCUGGACGAAAGAACAAUUGCUGUCAAAGAUCGUAAAGAUAAAAUAAGACGUCCCGAUGAUUAUAGGUCACAAACGUUGCAUUUGCAAGAACCCUAUUAUGUACGAUCGCCAUCAGGUACUAUAAUAUCGGCUUCUCAAGCCAACAGUCUCAGCACAACUUCCAUUAAAGAUAAGACAACCGGGCUUAACUUUCUUCGCGAUUGUGACUCAAUGAGCUGUGCCGAUACGGAUUCUAAAGUAUCUCUGCGUGGAUUUUCCAUUCUUGCACCAAUAUCGUUGUGUCUAACAGCAAUUUUUACUUACAUUUUCUUUGGUGCUCUCGUUUUGUAUCAAUUAGAAGGGUGGAGCCCUAUUGACGGUGUUUAUUUCUGCUUCAUGAGCCUUAGCACAAUUGGUUUUGGGCACUUGGCUCCUGGAUUAACACAAAAAAAUGGUGCAUCAACAGGCACUGUUUGGUUCUGCUCCAUUUACAUAAUGACUGGAUUGGCUCUGACGGCAAUGUGCUUCAAUGUUCUCCACGAUGAAAUUGUUCACCGAUUAAGGCACCACGAGAAGAUCCUAAAAGGAAACACGCAGAAGAUUUUAACACCGGAGUUUUUGCAACGAUCUUGACGAGACGAAAGCGGCAAUUUUACAGAAGAGACUGCAAUUAAUUCUGAAGCGGAUUCGCUACCAGAAGUACUGCAUCAUGUACCAGCUCCGAGGUACGAAGGUGGUGCGAUCCGUCGAUCAGUCUAUACCCUAAAGGAAGAAAAAGAACCGGAAAGGGCCACUCCAAUGUAAUAUCUAAAUCGUAUUUCUUUUGGUAUUUAACUUUUAACAUCUAGAUAUAAAAAGGAAUUAUGGAACUGUAGUAAUAAUAGAAAAUGGUUUUGAUAAAUAAUACUCGUUUACUAAAUAAAAUGACUGAAGUGUUUGUUAUUUAUGUUACUUAGGUAAAUAUAGUGCCAAAUUAGGCGGGUAAUUUGUCUCGGUUAAUUGACUGGAGCUGUGGAUCCUUUAGUAAUUGUAUAAAACCUAUUUAAAUGAGAAAAUAAUAUAUAAAAUAUAUUUAAAUAAGUGUUAAAAUCAAUACGGAUAUAUAUCAUUUUUUCUACCGUACUUGUUUAAUUGAAUACAAUGGAAUUGGUUUAUGAGGUAACUAAUAUAAAUAAUAUUAAUUAUUGUGAAAUAUAUUAUGUGUACAUCAUAUUAUUGCGUAUUUACAUUUAUAUUAUUGGCUUUAAAAUAGCAAGUCUGGAUAUUUUUUAUGGUUAGAACAUUAAAGUAUGUUUACUAUCUGAGUGAGUGUCAGUGAGUUAGUAUGAAUACUCAAGGGUUCCGUAGUUAAAAUGUAUAUUAUUAACAUUAAAUAUAUUUUGUAGAACAUAAAAAAAAACAUAUGCCAAUUGUAAGCAAGCUGACGGUAUUACUAUAAUAAUUAUUUUUUAUUGUGAAUUUGCAUUAAGGGGACAUGAAUAUACUCACUGAGGGAUUUUAGCCAGUCUGGAGCUAAAUAUGGUUAGAACGACUUUUUAAAAGCUUCUACUAUGGAACUAGGACUUCCGUGACCAUCCAUAAAUGGAUUUCUGAUAGUAUAUUAUCAUUUUCUUGUUUAUUUAUGUAAUUUAUAUUUUUCGAAAACCUUGAAGCUGUAUUUAUUACGUAUAUAUUUAAUAAUAUCUAUAGUUAAUUCAGUGAUUUUGCACUCAUACAUAGUCAUGAGUGUGGCACUUAUUCACUAUGUAUUUCUCAUUUGUUCCCCUUUUUUCGUUCAUUCACUAAAUAGAACUCAACAGGACACACAUGUAACGCUGUAAACUGUGUAUUUACUUGUGCUGAAUUUCAGCGUUAGCGUUUCGAUGGCUGUGACUUAUAAGCAAUAGGACAAACAGACACACAAAACAAAACUAAGUUCCUUGUUUGACUGCGGAACCCUAAAAACUGAUUAAUUUCCAUCAAAGUGAAUGUUACUUAUCUAUAGAGGAAUUGAUAAAUAAUAAUAUUUUGUGUUUGUCAAUAAUAAUUAUAAUAUUUAUAAUAAUACAUUAUUUAUCAAACUAAUUUUGUGAAGUAAAACUCUAAUCACAAAAAUAGUUUAGUACGUACAAAGUGUGAAUUUUAACAUUUACGUAAUUUUAAGGACCUAAGUCAUUUUGUGCAAUUGUAUGAAGUGUAAAGAUAA